CAGCAGAGCGAUUCCUCAGUGCGUUACAGGGGGUGUGCGCGUCUGGGCAUAAGUCAUAAAUACCGUCUGAAUAGUUAUACCAGUCCAUACGAAAAAUAUCUAUACUUUCAGUUUACUUUAUUUAUACUUUGAGCAUACUUGUACUGUCGAAUAACGCUACGUCUGGAAGGCAUUUAGGGAUAACAAGUGGGACUUUUGCUUAAUAAAAUCAUCCCUCCAGCAAGUUUCUACCAUGCCUUCUCAGUCCCAUGGAGGAAGAGACAGCAUAAACAUAUUGGAUCUUGUUAUCACCCAGAAAGCCCUGCAGCCAACCUCCACAGACAAAUGGCACAACAAUCAGUGGCAGUGCUGAAAAUUUACUAUCCUGACCUGUCAGUAUUUUUUUAUGUCUCUGCCAAGGACAUGUGAUUUGUACACGCAUUGGCAAGGGCUCCUGCCUCCUGGCAUCAAAGAUCUGGGAUUGAUGAGGUAGCAACUUUUGCAGUCUUGAGUCAGACGAAGGGGAGAUACAAAUGGUGGACUCCCAACUCCUGAGCUGAAGUUUGCAAAGCUGACUUCAGAUUUAACAGAACAUUGCAGUCAAUCCCAAAAACAUUUGACUAAUGAAUUAACCAUAAACAAAGCAAACAUGGUUCCCUCGGGUGAGAACAUAACUUUCCCUGUGUCAGAGAACUGUCCCAACUGCAGCUCCUCUUCCUACGCUGACAUGGAUAACACUAAGGCUGUGACCCUGGGUCUGGUGCUGGGAGUGUUUGUCAUCUUCGGGGUUCUAGGUAACAUCCUGGUCAUUCUGUCUGUGGUGUGCCACCGCCACCUGCGCUCUGUCACACACUACUUCAUCGCCAACCUGGCAGCAGCCGACCUGCUCCUGAGCUCCACCGUACUGCCCUUCUCUGCCACUUCGGAGGUCCUGGGGCGCUGGGUGUUUGGCCGGCCAUUCUGCAGUGCUUGGGCUGCCUUGGAUGUUCUCUGCUGCACUGCCUCUAUCCUCAGCCUGUGUGUCAUCUCUGUGGACCGUUACCUUGCCGUCAGCUACCCGCUGCGCUACCCGGCCAUGGCCACUGGGCGGCGCGGCCUGGUCGCAGUGACAGCUCUCUGGGGCCUCUCGGCAGCCAUAUCCGUGGGUCCGCUCUUCGGCUGGAAGGAGCCUGACCCAGAGGACGAGACUGAGUGCCGGAUCACAGAGGAACCGGGUUAUGCUAUUUUCUCUGCCCUGGGGUCGUUCUAUGUGCCACUGGCCGUCAUUCUGGCCAUGUACUGCAGGGUGUAUGUGGUGGCCAAGCAGAAGUCCCGGGAUCUGAGGGAGGGCAGGAAGAGUGAGGGGGGGAUGGUCACGAAAGGAGAGGGAGUGACACUGAGGAUCCAUCGGGGAAAUGCCCCUGCUGUGCCAGAGGGCCAAGAGGAGGAGGGAGAAAAGGGCACCAUUAGGCGGAGACGCACCACCUUCGCCCUUAUGCGCCUGCUGAAGUUUUCCCGGGAGAAGAAGGCAGCCAAGACACUGGGCAUCGUGGUUGGCUGCUUCGUUCUCUGCUGGCUGCCCUUCUUCCUGGUUAUGCCCAUUGGCUCCAUAUUCCCAUCGUACAGGCCACCUGACACCAUCUUUAAGAUCACCUUCUGGCUGGGCUACCUCAACAGCUGUAUCAACCCGAUUAUCUAUCCCUGCUUCAGCCAGGAGUUCAAGAGGGCAUUCCUCAACGUUCUGCAUGGACGCUGUCUCAGACAAGGGGGCAGGAGUUCUAAAUCUUUGGGGUUUGCUUCUUCCUAUGGUCCCAGUCCUGGUCCAUCGUCUCUUAUCAGAUCCAAGCCUCCCCCCUCCUCCUCCAGCUUCUCCACCAAGCCCUGCCAAGCCCCCUCCCCAGCCUCUCCCUCCUUGGGCUGCUGUAGGACCUUCUCUGGCUCAUCUUCCUCAGUGGGGGUGCCAAGCCAUACCCACAUUGCUCGGGUCCAGAGUAAAAGCCUGCUGAAGGCGUGGUGCUUUGCAGCGGGGGAAAGACCGCCACCAUUGGGUGCUCCUUGCCGAAGCCCUUCAGCCUGUCGUGCUGCUUCAUGUCAAGCCAAAGUCCAUCGCCUCUCCAUGGGAGCGAAAGGGGAGGCAGUGUGACUGGGAACACUAAAGGCUGCUGGAUAGUAAAAAAAUCGCAAAUUCUAGGAAAAUAAGUGAUUGUAAUUGCCGUGAAAUAAAGUCAUAUCUAUAGACUUGCUGGAGUCAGUCUAGCUAUUAACAUUAGACUUAUGUCUGAUGUUUCUUCAGGUUGCAGGGAAUGGGAGAUAGAACACUGCUCUCAGGGAGAAAGUAACACACCUGAAGGUAGAGAUGUACUGUACUGUAUGUGCUGUGACGCAGUGUAUAGAUGGAUGUAUGAAUCAAAAGGAGGAUACACAGUGUCAGAACAGAAAUUGAAUACAGAGUACUGAGUUAGUACAGAGAUUGAAAACAUGUGCUUUCUGGUCACUGAAGAGCAGUGGUGGAAAAAUUACCCAAUUGUCAUACUUGAGUAAAAGUAAAGAUACCUUUACUUGAGUCAUUUUCUAUUAAGGUAAACGUUACCUAGUAAAAUUCUACUUGAGUAAAAGUCUAAAAGUAUUUGGUUUAAAAUAUAUUUAAGUAUCAAAAGUAAAUGUAAUUGUUAAAAUAUACUUAAGUAUCAAAAGUAAAAGUAUAAAUCAUUUAAAAUUCCUUAUAUUAAGCCAACCAGAGGGCACUAUUUUCUUAUUUUUUUUUAUUUAUAGUUAGCCAGAGGCACACUCAAACAUAAUUUACAAACAAAGCAUGUGUGUUUAGUGAGUCUGCCAGAUCCGGGCAGUAGGGAUGACCAGGGAUGUUCUGUUGAUAAUUGUGUGAAUUGGACCAUUUUCCUGUCCUGCUCAGCAUUCACAAUGAAACAAGUACUUUCGGGUGUCAAGGAAAAUGUAUGGAGUAAAAAGUACAAUCUUUUUUUAAGGAAUGUAGUGAAGUAAAAGUAAAAGUAGUCAAAAAUAUCAAUAGUAAAGUACAGAAACCCCCAAAAAACGACUUAAGUAGUACUUUAAAGCAUUUAUACUUAAGUACUUUACACCACUGUUGAAGAGGAGUCCUUGAGAAAAUGUACAUACAGUAUGUUCAACAUUGUCUAAUGUCAAUAUUUGUGACAUGCUUAACAUCUGACGUGCAGUUUUCACAGUGCUUUGUACCGAACAAUUUAACAUGUGCUCAGUUCUUGUAAAGUGCUGUGCUGCUGGCAUGUACAGUGGCUUGCGAAAGUAUUCACCCCCUUGGCAUUUUUCCUAUUUUGUUAUUAUACAACCUGGACUCAAACUAGAUUUUUGGGGGGUUUUGGAUCAUUUGAUUUACACAACAUGCCUAGUGCUUUGAAGAUGCACAAUAUUUUUUCUUGUGAAACAAACAAGAAAUAAGACAAAAAAAAUGAAAACAUGAUCGUGCAUAAAUAUUCACGCCCCCCCAAAGUCAAUACUUUGUAGAGUCACCUUUUGCAGCAAUUACAGCUGCAAGUCUCUUGGGGUAUGCCUCUAUAAGCUUGGCACAUCUAGCCACUGGGAUAUUUGCCCAUUCUUCAAGGCAAAACUGCUUCAGCUUCUUCAAGUUGGAUGGGUUCCGCUGGUGUACAGCAAUCUAAGUCAUAACACAAAUUCUCAUUUGGAUUGAGGUCUGGGCUUUGACUAGGGCAUUCCAAGACAUUUAAAUGUUUCCCCUUAAACCACUCGAGUGUUGCUUUAGCAGUGUUCUUAGGGUCGUUGUCCUGCUGCAAGGUGAACCUCCGUCCCAGCCUCAAAUCUCUGGAAGACUGAAACAGGUUUCCCUCAAAAUUUCCCUGUAUUUAGCGCCAUCCAUCAUUCCUUCAAUUCUGACCAGUUUCCCAGUCAAUGCCGAUGAAAAACAUCCCCUCAGCAUGAUGCUGAGGGAUGGUGUUCUCGGGGUGAUGAGAGGUGUUGGGUUUGCGUCAGACAUAGCGUUUUUCUUGAUGGCCAAAAAGCUCUGACCAGAGUACCUUCUGCUAUAUGUUUGAGGAGUCUCCCACAUGCCUUUUGGCGAACACUAAAUGUGUUUGCUUAAAAAGCAAUGGCUUUUUAUGGCCACUCUUCCAUAAAGCCCAGCUUUGUGGAGUGUACAGCUUAAAGUGGUCCUACGGACAGAUACUCAAAUCUCCACUGUGGAGCUUUGCAGCUCAUUCGGGGUAAUCUUUGGUCGCUUUGUUGACUCUCUGAUUAAUGCCCUCUUUGCCUGGUCCGUGAGUUUUGGUGGGCGACCCUCUCUUGGCAGGUUUGUUGUGGUGCCAUAUUCUUACAUUUUUUAAAUAAUGGAUUUAAUGGUGCUCCGUGGGAUGUUCAAAGUUUAGAAUAUUUUUUUUUAACCAAACCUGAUUUGUACUUAUCCACAACUUUGUCCCUGACCUGUUUGGAGAGCUCCUUGGUCUUCAUGGUGCUGCUUGCUUGGUGGUGCCCCUUGCUUUGUGGUGCCUCUUGCUUAGUGGUGUUGCAGACUCUGGGGCCUUUCAGAACAGGUGUAUAUAUACUGAGAUCAUGUGACAGAUCACACUUAGAUUUCACACAGGUGGACUUUAUUUAACUAAUUAUGUGACUUCUGAAGGUAGUUGGUUGCACCAGAUCUUAUUUAGGGGCUUCAUUGCAAAUGGGGUGAAUACAUAUGCACGCACCACUUUUCCAUUUUAUAUUUUUUAGAAUUUUUUGAAACAAGUAAUUUUUUACAUUUCACUUCAGCAAUUUGGACUAGUUUGUGUAUGUCCAUUACAUGAAAUCCAAAUAAAAAUCCAUUUAAAUUACAGCUUGUAAUGCAACAAAAUAGGAAAAAUGCAAAGGGAAAUGAAUACUUUUGCAAGGCACUGUAUAAGCAUCUGUGUAACGUAUUGAAAUCUCCUCCCCAUUAAAUGCAAUGGAAAUUAUGUACAGAAAAUAUUUUCAUACUAAAUAUAUUAUCAUGCCUCUCUCCAAUCACAGUUGAAUAUUUCACUGUAUCUGCACCAAUCCUCUAUGAAAAGUAAACAUGUCACCUGUUGUUUUGCAUGUGUGAUUAAUAUACUGAAGUAAAGUAUGAACGCAACAUGCAACAAUUUCAUUGAUUUUACGGAGUUACAGUUCAUACGAAAUCAGUCAAUUGAAAUUAUGCCCUAAUCUGAGAUCUAACAUGACUGGGAAUACAAACAUACAUCUGUUGGUUACAGAUACCUUAAAAAUAAAUCUCACAAUGGGCCUCGGGAUCUUGUCACUGUAUUUUUGUGCAUUCAAAUUUCCAUCAAUAAAAUGUAAUUGUGUUUGUUGUC